ACAGUGAUCUGGGGGGUCCGAGGGGGGACAGUGAUGUGGGGCGUCUCUGCAGCCGCCGUGCGCUUCUCUGUUGAUGCCUCCAGGUACUCGAAUCCCCGCCGAGCUUUCGCCGCCGGGACGCAGUCGGUGUCCAAUGCAGGUAUUGAACAGGAAACACGUAACCCCCACCCCGGAAAGACUGGAAGACCGGAAGACUGAUCUUGUAUUGGGAAUUCUGUGCGUUAUUUCGGGAAUCCUGUGUGUUGUUUUGGGAAUCCUGUGUGUCGUUUCGGGAAUCCUGUGUGUCGUUUCGGGAAUCCUGUGUGUCGUUUCGGGAAUCCUGUGUGUUGUUUUGGGAAUCCUGUGUGUUGUGAGGAGCUCAUGGACACACAGGUCUGAAUCAGUGAACGGUCCAGUGAAGGUGAAGCUUCAUGACUCUGCUACUCUGCCCUGCCCUGAGAGAUGCUCUGGUUUAGCGAGAUGGACUGUGUUCCACAAACGCAGUGACACUCUGGCUGAGUGUGAUCAGACUUCAUGUAGAUCAGUGAAGGAGGGAUAUCAGAUGAUCCAUGAUCAGUACCUGAAGGGGAAUCUCUCUCUCAUCAUCACUGACGCUGAUUUCAGUAAGAGAGGCUGGUACACGUGUGACUGUGAUGGUAAAGAUCUCUGUGAUGUUCAUCUACAGAUUGAGCCCUUGAACACUACAGUUGAGAUGAUGGCCGGUGAUUCUCUGAUCCUAAGGCUGGACGUAUCAGAUCCAGUGGACGUGAUUUAUAACAGUACAGUUACACCUGGACCAUCCAGUGGUCAGAUCUGUACAGUGGAUAGACCCUCACUACAGUGUAAACCUGAAUACACACAGAGAUCAUCACUCACAUCUGGUGUUGAGCUGAGAAGAAUGACUCCAUCUGACAGUGGAGUUUAUACUGUAAUGGACAGCAGGAAUAAAGAGGUCAUUCACACCUACACAGUGACCGUCCAAGAUGUACAGCAGAGCUUGAUAUGGAAGGAUGGAUAUCAGAAAGGAAACCGGGAUGGGUAUCAGAAGGGAAGUGAAGAUGGAUAUCGUAACGGAUUGGGAAUCGGAGCAGGCGUUUUUGGGGUCAUAGCUCUGGCUCUUGGUGUGAUUUUCGGAAUGUUUGCUGUGCCGCGGGUGCGUCUUCUGAGGUUGAGAAGAGAAGAUCCCUCAGAAAGAAUAGGAGACGAUCCCUCAGGUGGGCGACAAGCUGAAGAUGCUGAAAGUGGUGUUGCCCUGGCCAGAGCUUGCUAGACAGAAUUCUGAAGACUAAACAGCUUCUGUAAGUUCUCUUCAACUUCAUCUUCUGGAAAAAACUUGAAGAAAAAGAAGCUUGAUGUGAUGAUCAGCCACCGGGACUGUGUCGGAUUUGUCUUGUUACAGUCUCAGUAACUCCUAAACCUCAUGAGAGAAGCAGUACUUCAGUCCUCUAAAACAGCUGUCUGAAGAACGUUUCUUCAGUAGGUUUUAGUUUGGGAUUAGACCAACGUGUUGUGGGAUUUCAUCAGUAGUGUGUUCAGUGUUAUUCAGUGAUUAAUGGUGAGAAUCAGGAGAGAGUGGCUCAGUCCUUCUAACACUGAAAUACUUCGUUCUAAUCCCACUUCAAAUUUCUGUCCAUGUUUAGCUUCAAAUAUGUAGAAGAUCUUUGAUCUUGCCUGGAACAGAUUGAGGAUUCAUGGUUUUAUUAUAAAGUGAGCGCUCAGUAUACCUGCCUGAGUCUCACCCCAGUCCAAUCAGCAGCUCAGACACUCAGCUUUCAUGCUCUGAUACUGACCCUCCACCCCCAGUAGAGUCAGACAGAACAGAGUGGGACACUGAAGUCCUGUCGUAUUGACCGUACUGUGUUCUGCCCAGGACUUCCUCUUUAGGGGGUGUUGUACGGCCAUUUGAUGUAACUGUUCAAACCUCGAGAACAGAAAUGGAGGUGGCGUCUUAAACCCUUCAGCAUUAAUACAGUUUAAUAAUGAAUAACAAUUAAAACAAAGACAGUAAAUCAAAAUAAAACAAUUCCCAACAAUUCUCACAACUUUUCACCAACAGGUGAGGAGGAGGCGAAUGGGAAACUGCUGUAGUGUCUCGGCUCUGCUGCUGGUGCUGUGAUGUCUUUGACUGUACAAAGAUAUUUAACCUUCAAUUGAUUUGAUAUCAGAAAAUGAUAUUAAUGCCACUUAAAACAGAACAUACUUUGUUAAAAUAAGAUGGGAACUAGAGUUUUACUUAAAACAUAAUUCCAUCUUCAAAAAACUUCUGAUGAGACGACUCUGCUCCACAUACAGUGAACGGUGCAAGACAUUCUAAACAAUUCUUAUUUAUUUAAACACGUUACACUGGCUGUGGAAAACUGUUCAAUUAUUUUGCACCUCACAGGUUUAAUUUCACUGCUACUGAUCCUGAUUUUAAGCUUGGCUUUUCGUUGUGUAGUAAUUUUCUGUAGUGUGAGAUUUUGAGCUGCUGCUUCUUGGUCUUCAGCUGUAUGUUCUGAGCAGCUCUUUAACAAAGGCCUUUUUGCUGAACUGUAGCUGCUGUAAUGCCAAAGGUCCUUUCAGACCAGAGCGUGUUGAGCUUCCUCUGAAUGUAGCUCUGCUUUCAGAGCACAGACAAAGCCUUUAAACACAUGAACGCUGGUUAUUAACUAAACACUACUGGAAUCUACUGGACGCACUGUUAUUAAAGAUGCUACUGUAUAUAAUAUAAUGUGCAUGUAGGUGAAACGCCUCUAAAAACUCAAGGGACAAAAUCCAGAAAGAGGUGGUCUAAAAAUGGUGGUCUACCUCCAUUAAAACAAUAUUUGUGCCUUUUCCAUGUUCAAAUGUUUCCUUUCACCUCCUGAUGCUGUAAUAAACGAGCUAAAAGGAGAACCGGACUCUGAUGCUACUAAGACUCUGCUUUAAGUUCGGCUCUUUAGCCUCGUACACUAAACCUGUAGGAGGAAACCUGGGUGUGAUCUUAGACUGAGCUCUGUUUAAUGGAAACACAGUCGCUAAAGUAGCUUUUUAUCGUGUGAGAAAAACUGUUAAAGUUCAGCUUUUCUAACUUUUUAGGAGAGACUUUAAAGUCCUGCUGCUGUUUUUAAAGAGCUACAUGACCGUAAAGCUCCUGAAUGUCUGUUUAUGAUCUUAGAUCUGCAGAAUAAUCAUAACAAUCUUGUUUCUUGUGUUACUGUUACACGUUAUCAUCUGUCUGUAAAACACUGUAGAGCUGCCAGUGCAUGAAAAAUACAGUAUGGAUAAAAUAUAUUGCAUUAUUAUUAUUAUUAUUAUUAUUAUUAUUAUUAUUAUUACAGUGGAAGGGGUUUGUGGGGUUUGUGUGUUUUAAUUUUUGUGUUUAGUGAUUGAAAAACACUUCUGUUGAACUUUCUGGAACGUAUUCAGUGUGUCUGACCCUUACAGUGAUUAAUAUUAUAGAUAACACAGGGUAAAAUGACAGGACUGUAAAUGAAUGUUGUAGCAUUAAGGAGCGAUAAUGGUUCGAUAAUUAUGUGUAAACAACAUUUACUCUGAUUCAUUUUAGAUUCUGUUCCAUUUAAUGCACGUCUAUAUCCACAUUUCCUGUAAUACACACAGUGCACUGUGUUUACACUUGUGCUUACUGUCCAUUUAACUACUGAUGAAAUAAACAAAUGGGUGCUAAAA